AUGAGGGUACACCCAGUGUUCCACAGGUCGUUGCUGUCGCGCUAUAAGGAAAGCACCAGGUUCACCGACAGCAACCAGCCCACAGAGGGAGGGGAGGAACGGGGAGGUCCUCCGGCUUGUGGUCAGGAUUCCCCAAAGGCUUCAGGAGAACAUCCCCAUUUCCCAGGAAACCUCCGGCUCGGCGUGGCACCUCCUGCGGCCCCGGCGAGAACGGAGAAGGACGUCCGGAAAAGCCUUGCCUCCUCCUCCGAGCCCAUUUUGGACCUCUGGACCGAUGCGUCAGCCGUGCUUCCAGCAUCGGCCGUCCCCAUCAGCACUACGUCAACCACCCCGCCAGCUGCCGUAGAGCGCACCCCAACCACCGCCCUUGAAAGAUCCCCCACGCUCCCAGCCGGGGCCACCACCGAGCCGGCCCCGCCAGACCCACUCCAGAGCUCCGAGGAAGCCGCCCAGGAGAGACCUUUCUCUUCCGCCGACUUCUUCCCUGAAGCAGAUCCGGCUUUGCCCCUUCCUCCGGAUCAAGGCCCCCUCCCGGAAACUGGGUGGUCUUGGGGGUCCUUGCCGUGGCCAGAGGCCCCCGAGGAGUGCAGCCCGUCCCGGCCCACCACCUUGGACUUCUCUGAGCCCCUCCAGGAGCUGGAGGAGGCAAAGCAGGUGGGCGUUGAGGAGAACGGGCUGGAGCGUGGCCCACCCCACCUCGGCGAGGAGAGGAAGGCCCUCCAGUCGGAGCUGGGCAAAUGCAUCGAGGACUUUCGGAGAAUCCAUGUGCCCGCCUCGUUCCCCGACAAGAAACGGGCCUGGCAAAGCGAGCUGCUCCGAAAAUACCAGCUCUGA